UAUUCGCACGUACGGAAUUCACAAUUUGGGUGCGUUUAUAAGAAAGUCAAAUACAAUUGCUCAGUCGAAGUGCUCAUCGAGUGAAAGCAACAAGAUUACAAGCUUCACGCUCCCAUGUAUUUGCGAGAGGAUAUUGUAACUACCAAAUAAUCGUUAAAAUUGUUUAUAAUUGUAUCAUAAAUGUCGGUGUUUUGUAAGCUAAGUUUAUCGCUGUUGUCCCGGUCUUACCGGUUUCGCAAGAGUGCAAAAUGUUUGUCGAGAGGAAUUAAUAUCUCCAGAAGAGUCAUUCCGCUGCGUUUCGUCGAGAAUAACGCGGACAUCAAGGACACCCUCGCGAAGAAAGACGUAUCGGACGCAGAAUGGCAAAACAUACGCGACAAGUGUCUUCAGAUCCAAGAUGUCACACCGUUCACCGUAGAUACCAUAAUUAUCGACAUGUGCAUGAAACAUUCGGUACUGGACAGUGCUAUCGCAUACUUUAAGUUUCUAAGACAGAACAAUUACGCCUUAAAUGCGGCUGUGAUCGGCAAAUACUUGAGGAUAUAUUCCUUUAAAGGCAAUUUGGACGACUUGGAGAAAGCAGAGAUUCUCCAGACGUACCAUGAUCUGAGGAAAAAGUAUCCAGUCCUGGAUGCCUUCACGACCGAACACUGCAUUGCGAGCUUGUGCUGCACGGACCAGUGGAAGGAGGCAUUUGAAAUGCUGGAAAUGCUAAAGAUUACCCAAAAACCGAGUGGUACCAUAUACUCUGUACUGGCCGCUGCAGCAUUCAAGAACAGGGAGCCUGACAUUGCCUGGCGUACUUUAUCACAAAUAUCGCACACUCAAGUGCCACGAAAUAAUAUAUAUACUUCGUAUCUAUCAUACUGCAAGCAGGAAGGGAAAGAAGCUUUUAAUAAAAACAUGCUAAAAAUGUUUGAUUUCUGGUCUGAGCACAAUAUAAGGAUUCAUAAUAAGAUUAUCCAGGCUUACGCUGAUGUAGCUAGUGAAUACGGUUGGGUUGGUAAGCCCACAACCAUUUCUAAAACAGGAAUAUGCAAACAUUGUGGUCACUCUUUGUCGAAAAUAGUGAUCAGGCAGGAUGCUUUUCAGAAAUUGGCCAAUUCUGUGGCGAACAAGCUGAUCAUAGGUUCUGACAUUUAUCAUAAUACUGAUCCGGAAGAGUUCAGAAAUUUUAGGCAAUUUGUUGAGAAAACUAAACCAUAUGAUAUAGUAAUUGAUGGCCUCAAUUUAACUUAUAUAAGCAAGAAUUCUCCAGGAAUGGUAUAUUCACUACUUGAUGUAAUAAAUUACUUCAGCAGGAACAACAAGAAAAUUCUUAUAGUGACACGAAAGCAUCAAAAGAAGUGGCCUGUUUUACAACAGAUACAAGCAUAUGCGUCAGUUUUCUAUAUAGACAAUUUAUCUGAAGAUGAUCCUUACAUAUUAUAUGCGACCAUGGCGAGCGGGAUAAACGCUAUGUUUGUGUCAUCGGAUUUACUGCGACAACACAAGCACUCGUUCAAGAAGUUGAAUCUCUAUCAAGAAUUCCACCAUUGGCAGUGUUCACAUCAGUACUCCCUCAUAAAGUUCAAUAAGUCUAUUCGCAUCCAGAAACCUUUUGUUUACUUGCCAAGCGCGCAGAAGAACGAUGACCACUGGCACAUACCUUAUGUUGCUGACGACUGUACUAUGACGAACUUCGACUUCCACGAAUUCCCGGACAAGUGGUACUGUUUAAGACAAGAAAAAAAAUACACAUGAUGUUAAAAAAA